CAUCCCAUUCCAACACCCCAGGUCUGUCCUCCUAUGUGCUCUGAAGCACAUAAAACUCAGGGAAAUUCAGAGUCCAUCUCUGAGUGGAAGCAGGAAUGCUGACAUGCUCAACUGCCUCGUUCCCUACAGCUCCUGUGGCCGCGGCUGCUGCUGUACGUGGUGCCAGCCGAGUACACCGGCAUGCUUAUCCCGGUCUCCCGCUGCAUCCAUGCCCUGGCUGAGAGAGGGGACCCGAUGGUGCGGGACAUGGAAGAACUGGAUCCCCAUUUCCUCAGCUCCAUGUUUCAAGGCCCACUGCUGACUCCCCAGACACUGCUGGCACGUCUGCUGGUGGUGGCAGGGAGCCCUUUUGCAGGCAGCGAACUCCAAGCCGCUGCCUUGCUGCUCAUGCAAAACCUCCACAGCAGGAUCCACAGAGCUGUGGGGGCCAUGUGGGCUGCUGAGAUCCCCGUGCUGCUGCAGCGUCUCAAAGGUAAAGUGCUGGUGGGGAGGGAGAGGUGCAGUGGGCAAGUGCCCAGGCCAAGCCAG